AUUGUAGCGUCAUCUCAGAUUCUCAGAGAGAAAGAGAGAGAGAGAUGGAACUGCACAUUCUGUUCAUCUGCAUCUCAAUUCUCUGGUUCUUCUUCUUCAACCCAUUGCUCCGCCGCUCCUCCAAGAAGCUGCCGCCGGGUCCCGCCGGUGUUCCCCUGAUAGGCUCCCUCCACCGCCUGGGCCCUCGCCCAAACCAAUCCCUCGCCGAGCUAUCCAAAAUCUACGGCCCCAUCAUGACCCUCAAACUUGGCUCCGUCACCACGAUCGUCGCGUCCUCCGCCGACGCCGCCAAAGCCAUCCUCCAAACCCACGACCACAGCUUCUCCAGCCGCCCAGUCCCAGCCUCCGUCGCCACCCAGCCCAACCCCGACGCCACCAUAGCCUGGGUCCCCCCCGACAACUCCUGGCGCAGCCGCCGCCGCAUCUGCGCCACCCAGAUGUUCAGCGCCCAGAAGCUCAGCCAGCUCCAGCACCUCCGCCAACGAAAGGCCCAGGAACUCGUCUCCCACAUAAAGCGCCACGCCGUUUCGGCGGAUCCAGUGGAUAUCGGCCGGGCGGCUUUUGGGAUGACUCUAAAUUUGAUCUCCAACACCAUUUUCUCGAUCGACAUGGUCGACCGAGACUUUGACUCGGCGAAUGAGUUCAAGGACCUGGUAUGGACGAUCACGCGGAACGCCGGGAAGCUCAACCUCUCCGACUAUUUUCCAUUGCUCUGGCGGCUUGACUUGCAGGGACUGAAGCGGCGAGUAAGGCCUGCGUAUAGGAGGCUUCAUGAGAUAUUUGACGAAGUCAUUGAGAAGCGUUUGAGAGAUAGAGGUUCUGAUUCGGUGAACGACAGAAAAGGAGAUUUCUUGGAUGCUCUUCUGGAUCAGUGUGAAGAAGAUGGCUCAGAUUUUAACCCUAUAACUAUCAAACCCGUGAUAAUGGAUUUGUUUAUUGCUGCAAGCGAUACAUCUUCUAUAACAACGGAAUGGGCAAUGGCGGAGCUUCUCCGAAAGCCAGAUGUUCUGGAAAGAGCAAGAAACGAGAUCAUCGGAACCAUCGGAGCCGACCGACAAAUGCAGGAAUCUGACGUGGACUGCCUUCCAUAUCUCCAGGCAGUGGUGAAAGAGACGAUAAGGCUCCACCCACCCGCCCCCCUUCUCCUGCCCCACAAAGCAAGAAACGACGUCGAAUUGCAGGGCUUCGUUGUGCCGAAGAACACUCAGGUGCUAGUGAACGUUUGGGCCAUCGGAAGAGAUCCCAAGCACUGGGAGGACCCUUCUUCGUUUUCGCCGGAGAGGUUCUUAAACUCUAGCUUGGACUAUAAGGGCCGGGACUUUGAGUAUAUUCCAUUUGGAUCUGGCCGAAGAAUGUGCCCCGGCAUGCCGCUGGCCAUUCGGAUGAUCCAUUUGAUGUUGGCUUCGAUUCUUCAGUCCUUCAACUGGAGGCUACCUCCAGGAACUACGCCGGAGAAGAUGGAUAUGGAGGAGCAGUUUGGAUUUACAUUGAGGAAAGCCGUUCCCCUCCUUGCCAUCCCUGUGAUAGAAACAAAACUUUGAUUAUUAUAUUCGGUAGUGAAGUAUUUUUUUCGUUUCUAUAAUAUUUUGACAGUUCUCAACAUCUAUUAACAGUACUUAAAAAGAAGAAUGAAAAUUUUGAUGAACUGAGUGUUGCCACACGCCUGCUUCACUACCGCCUACUGUUGCGGCUGUCGUGUCCUUGCUUGCUUCGUGCAAGUUCCAGGAGACUGUCUCCCUGAGACGUUUGGGAAAUUAUGUCUCCCAUAUACAACUUGUUUAUUAUUUUAAUUAAAAAGUGAAUUUGGGC